GCCUCUGCCCCACGGGGCGAGGAGGGGAGCAGGUCCCGGCAGCCGUCCGGGUGCGGGGUGCUGAGGCCCCGCAGUGUGAAGGUCCCGAGCGCGGAGCCGGGAGGGCCGUAAUCCGAUUAGAGGGGAUUAUCCCGGAGUUUAAAGGCCGGGCGGCGCGGGGCAGGGUGCCCGGCGUGGUGGGGAGGAAGCGGUCGCCGCGGAGCAGCCCGGCGGCACCGGCGCACACCAUGCCGGCGAUCAACAUUGAGGAUCUGAGCGAGAAGGACAAACUGAAAAUGGAAGUGGAGCAGCUCCGGAAAGAAGUGAAGCUGGAGAGGCAGCCGGUGUCCAAGUGCUCCGAGGAGAUCAAGAACUACAUCGAGGAGCGCUCAGGAGAGGACCCGCUGGUGAAGGGCGUCCCAGAGGACAAGAACCCCUUCAAGGAGAAGGGCGGCUGUGUCAUCGCCUAAAGAAGACCCCAGCCUGCUGGGCCUGCGCCGGCAGUGCAGGAGCAAAU